AUGACUGGUGAUGCUGCUUUGCAAUUGAUGAUGACCUAUGAAAAAGGUCAAUUGGACAAUAUUACUAGUAUUGUGUUACGUGUUGCUAGACCUACUCGACGAAUUCCGAUUCUUAUCAAUCAAUGGGAUGACACAGAAGCUAUUGUCUUCCUUACGAUCAUUCAUAACUUUGAUACGACUAUAGCCGGUGUGAUUAAAGGCAUUUGGAGUCGAAUUCUUCGACGAACACUUGGCUCACAAAAUUGUAUACCUUGUUUUCGUCCAUUGGUUCUUCGACUAGGUUUACUUGGUUAUCAUUGGCCCUUUCGAACAGGUAUCUUCUUCACAACAUAUCACCAUGACAUUGUAGCACAGGCAGCUAAUGUACUUCAAAGUAUAGUUGAAUGGAACAAUAUGCAAAAGUCUAAUUUACAUUGUGAUGUUCUUCUUUUACCUGCGCUCAGUACUGAACCAGUGGCGAAAGCUAUCUAUAAUGCCGGCUUCUUCCCUAUGCCUCUACCACCUACACAUCUGCUCGAUUUGCGACCACAUCAUGGUAAAACAUGGAAUGAAUAUAUGAAAACAUUAAAACGAACUAAUCGUCGACCUUAUCUUCAGCAAUUUCUUAAUAAAGGUGGUAUCAUCGAAGAAGUUCAUGAUUUGAGCAACGUUGAAGUAAGCACAAUGAUUUGUCGUCAAUGGGAGAAUAUUGCACGUUUUCGACAAGAAAAACACGAACCACCCACAUUAGUACGUCCAUCUGUACAAUUUAUUGCAGCAAUUGGUCAUGUAAUGACUGAAUCAUAUCGCUCAGCCAUUUUUCUUCGUUUCAAUAAUGAAGUUAUUGCAAGUUCAGUUAUUUUCAAAUUUCCAAACAAACUUCUCACGACCGAUAUUCACGGACUGACUCAUGAAAAAGCUCGACCUAUGAAAGCCUAUUUUGUUAUGCUUCAAUGGGUAAUUAAAGAAGCACUCGAUAAAAAGUAUGAUUUCGUCGACUUUGGACCUACAACACCAGAACCUAAAAUAGAUCUCGGCUGUAUUCAGAUACCUAUGGAAGCUGGUGGCUAUUGUGGAAAUCCUAUUAUAGCUUUUGGUAUCAAGAAAUGUGGUGGACUAGUAGAUACUGUACAUAUGAAAAAGAACCCUUCCCAACAAGCAACACAUGAACAUAAACGCUUUAAAAUUAAAACGAGCUCUUUAACAACCAGCACUCAACAGCUGGUGGCUAGUGAUCUUACUCAUCAAAUUAUUUCUAACGAUUCUUAUGUUGCCCAAGCACAAGAUUCUUCAGAAAGACAGCAUUCGACAUCAGCCAUUUUACAACUGGAUCAUAUCAAUAGGUUAAUGAAUAACAACAGUUCUCGUGCAGAAAUACUUGGAGAUGUGAUAGAAAUAUCAGAUAAGCAGGCAAUCUAUCGUCCAAAAAACUUCAAACCAAUAAAAAAGAAAAAACCAGUCGAUUCUGACAGCACUGAUCAAUUCCGUCAACAUUCACCGAAUAAACACAAUUUCCCAAAAAUCAAAAAUUAUGCAGGAAGUAAAAGUCAAAACGGUUUCCUUUCAACAAAAGAUGAACAUGCACCGAUUAUACCUCUUUAUCAACAUGAGAACCUCAAUCUAUCCAUGAUAGGCAAUCACAAUGAAGCAAAUAAUAGCGAACUAAUGUGUAGGUCUGUACUAGAAACGCAAGUUUUGAAAGAGACACCAACAUCAAACAAAGACACAGACAUAAUUCUUCAACUGGCACCGUCAUAUCCUCAUUCUCCUUAUCCACAACCAAUCACAAUACUCUAA